AUGGCUCUUCCCAAGCGCAUAAUCAAGGAGACCGAGCGUCUGAUGAACGAGCCGGUGCAGGGCAUAUCAGCGACUCCUCACGAUGACAACCUGCGCUACUUCGAUGUGACUAUCGAUGGCCCCUCGCAGUCGCCGUACGAGGGCGGCGUCUUCAAACUCGAACUCUUUCUGCCGGACGACUAUCCCAUGACUCCUCCCAAGGUCCGCUUCUUGACCAAGAUCUAUCACCCCAACAUCGACAGGUUGGGCCGCAUUUGCCUCGAUGUUCUCAAAAGUAAUUGGUCGCCCGCAUUGCAGAUCAGAACCAUCCUUCUCUCGAUUCAAGCCCUCCUCGGUGCACCAAACCCAGACGAUCCGCUCGCGAACGAUGUAGCACAGGCGUGGAAGGAGAAUCAGGCUCAGGCUAUUGCCACGGCUAGAGAGUGGACUCAGCAACAUGCAAAGGCUUGA